AUGGAAACCGAACACAAAGAGGAAGAACUCGUUCCGUCGUCCACAAACCAUCAACCACACAAUGGAACGAACGGAACGACGCCGACGCCUUCGGAAGAGGUCGAAGACGUCGACGAGAGACGUCUCAAUCGCGUUGCCUACGAGUAUUUGUGCAGAUGCGAGGAAGUCCGAACGUAAGGCGCAUUUUUGUUCAGUUUUUCCCAGAAACAAGGGCCGUGGUUUCCGACAAAAUCAGUGUUGCAAAUGAGAAAGCGCGUAGAGCGUUUGAACGGGGAACAUGAUUGAGAAAUGACUGAAAAUUGAGCAUUUACAACUCAAAAUCGAUUCCGAUGCUUCAUUUCCCCAUGAUUUCUGUUCGUUUUAGGCUCAAAAUAAAAACGUUCUUGUCACUUUUGAUGAAAUUGGGGCUAAAAAUUGAAUUUCGCGCCAAACCGUGCAUUUUUCCAUUUCUGGUCGCCGUGUAGAAACGAAACAUUUUUGGAGUUGUAGGGAUUCAUCUUUGUUGUUGCAGUUGGCUGGCCGAAUGUCUGAAAGACGACCAGAUCGCUCCGGUGACGGAACUCGAGGAGAACUUCCGAAACGGAGUCCUGCUGGCCCGUCUCGCGCACUCGUUCGCACCGCACAUCGUCACCGAAAAAGGCAUCUUCGACAUUCGUCAGGAGCGAUACGAACAGAACGAGCACGUGCCCGUCUACCGCCACACUGACAAUAUCAUGCAGUGGCGACGCGCCAUGGAGAGCGUCCAGUUGCCGGAGGUUUACUUUCUUGCUUUUCUCAUUAAAAUUAGCUAGUACAAGCCGCAAAACGUAAUUUACACUCAAAGCUACAAAAAAAAAUCACGAUUAUUGUCCGCUUUUCAGAUCUUCAUUCCGGAGACGGCGGACGUGUUCGAAGGAAGAAACAUGAAGACGGUGUUCUGUUUGUUCGCCCUCGCCACCCUCCUGCAUCGACAGCGAAAAGCGCCGCCCAUGCGCAAUUUGGCCGGAAAAGCAAAGUUUUCCAGUGAGUUACAAACUAUUCUAAUGCUUUUUUUUAAAAUUGUAUUUGUUUACAUGGAAAUGCAUCGAAUAAUGUUCGGUUUUCAGCGUCGGAACUCGGCGCGAUGCGCGAGAAUCUAAAGGACUCGAAAGUGCCGGAGUUCCGCGACGUCGGCAGCAUGCUCUCCGACCGAAAGAACGACGUGGACGGGCAGAAGCUGGCGAUGGAGGCGCUGCGGGCGGCGGUCGAGGCCGGCGACGCGCGCAAUGUUCUGGAAGUGCUCAAAUCGGCGGCGGCGGCCAUCGAUUACGUGGAGGAGCCGAUGGCGGGCGCCUAUUUGCACGGGCUCGCCGAGCAAGACUCGAAAGAGCCGUUCACUAAGAUCUUCGUGCAGUCCGUCGUCAAUUCGGCCAAUAGUUCGUCGCUUUUGGAAAGAUUUUGACAGAAAACAACGAGAUUUUCAGACAAAAUCGCAUUGGAGCAACUGGAGCAGCUUCUGAACGACGCCGAAUCGAGCCCCGACGCCAUCAUCCAGAUUCUCGAUCUGCUGCAAUUCGAAGACGUCCGUCAGUUUGCCACGCGUCUCUACGUCGAUUUGCUCCGAUUUGAGCAGCAAAAGGAGCCGGAGAAGGCGUUGAGCAAGGAGCAGGUGCUCGAAGUGAUCGCCCACGCCAAUGCGAUCGUCGAAGUUCGGAUCGCAGUCGAGCACGGAUCUUCGGAAGACGUACUCAAGGCCCUCCAGCACCCCGCCCUCAAUUUGCAGCUGCUGAAGGCGUCGAACGCGAAAUUGUACUAUAAUCGGCUGCGGAAAGAGUACGAACAACUGGGCGACGAGCAAAAGUACCUGCUCGCCGAGCAACUCGCCGAAAUUGUCGCCGACUAUGGAGAUAUCUCACAGGACGAUCGUCUGGUGCUCGAGCUCAAUGGAGCCGUGAUCCGCGGAGACCAGGAGGGCGUCGAGCAGAUUCUACAGCACUUUUCGGACGUCUACAUUCAGGAGAAUCUGGAGUUUUAUGUCAAGAGAAUGCGUCUGACGCCGCCGAAAAACCUGGAACAGCUCAGAAAAGAGUUGAACGAGACGAACGGGCAGGUGGAGACGGCGUUCCGACUCGCGGAGCACACUGUGAAACUCAAUAAGGCCAUGAAGAGACAGGACGAACUGUUGAUCCGGAAAGAGCUCGAACAACUCGAAAAUAAGAACUACCGCACGGAACUCCUUCACUGGUACUCAAAACGACUGCUCGACGAGCCUCAGAACAACUCGAAAAGCACCGAUCCGGAAAGCUGGUUGGAGCACAAUUUCCCGCUCGGCUCGGUCUACUGCUCCACGGAGCAUUUCCGUCGAAGCCACGCUGCCCGAGAGCCGCUGGACAGUACGAUGCUCCGCUGGACGGACGUGCAGCAGUUGAUCCGCGACGAGAACCGCAAGUUCGAAGAAUAUUGGGCGGAAAAAGAGCACGAGAUUGUGAAGGGACAGACCGCGCUGCGCAGAUUUCUCGAGAAGAAGAAGGCGGCGAAAGAAGCGGAGCUGCUGAAGGAGCAGGAAGCGGCGGCCGCGAAAAUACAGUCGCGCUACAAAGUUUAUAGGAAUAAGAAGGAUCUGGAAUUGCUCAGUGAGUCCUCAAUACCCUCCAGGAAUUCGAUAUUAUCAAUUAAUUUUUUCAGAGACCUCCGAAGCGCCGACUCUCCCGCUCGUUCGCAAGUUUGUGAAGCAGCUGCCGCGUGACGAAGUUGACUUUUCCGACGAUUUGGAGGUGGCCGACGCGAAGAUGGAGGUGUCCCGGCUGAUGGUCGCCAACCGACAACUCGACCAGAAUCUUGCCGAGAUGGACGAGAAGAUCGGACUGCUCAUCAGAAAUCGACUCAAUUUACAGGUACCCAGGACACAAUUUGACUAAAUUAGCAUUCACAUGCAUGAAACAGCCGUUUCCUGUUUUUUGUAGUUUAGUUUAUCACUUUUCCGAGCGACCACUCUCUGGGGCUGAAUAAGCACAAGCAUUCGGCUCUUCUCUUGAAAAACUACUAUCAAAUUGUGCGUUUGCAGGAAGUGAUCGACCACCGCGACAAGACGGCCGCUUCUGCCGAUUCGUUCGCCGUGCGUGGCGUGUCGGUGCGCCAGCGCGAAAAGUCGUCGGUCACCUCGCUCGAACAGCUGCUCUACUACCUGCAGACGAAGCCCAACUACCUGGCGAACCUCGUGGAGGACUGCAAGGAGGACCGCACCGAAUUGCUCACCGAGGUCGUCUCGCCGAUCUUCGGCUUCCUCAGCGACAACCGCGAACAGUUCCUGCUCGUCCGGCUGCUGUGCGAACUGCUCGGUCGCAACGUGGAACAACUGCGUCGAAUCGAGGACUUCCACUCGAAUCACUUCAUGCAGGCGACCGCCGAUAUUGUGAAACUCAGCGUCUUCGACAAUAUUCUCUCCGAUCCGUGCCAGUCGAUCGUCGACGAACUCACCAACUUUGUGGACGAGGAGUCGCGCGUGAAGACGUUCCAUCUGAGCCCGGUGGAAUUGUACCAAUCGUUGCACGGACGGUCGAUCGAGACGGCCGAGAAGGCGUUGCAGGACGGCGCCGUCUCGGACGUGCUCAGCGGAUCCAUCUCCUUCCUGGCCAAGUGGAGCGAGCGCUUCAUGGACUCCGUCUUCGAGCACUUUCAGCUGCCGAAGAGCUGUAUUUACAUGACGUCGUACCUGGAAACCGCGCUCAGACACCAAUUCCCGGCCGCCACCGCCAUGCAAAUCGAUCAGACCGUCGCCAUGUUCGCCUUCAAAGUACAGUAGUCAUCUGAAACUACAGUAAUGCCUUGGUCUCUUUCAGGUCUUCCUCAGCCACCAUCUCACUUCUCCGCGCAGUUUGUUCCGUGCGCUCGGAAAAACGCUCGAGAAGGAUGCGACGAAACGUCUCGAAGCGAUUGUUCACUUCACCGAAAAUGCGGUCGCCAAUCGAGGAGUACGUUUGGGACCGCUUGGCUUGAAUUAUCUCGGCGCUAAGUUUUAGUCUAACAGCAGCCUGAGAUUGACGACUUUUAGCAAAAACUCUGGGACCAUAUAUCCCAUAGGAGUCCCAAAGUUUUUGCGAAAAGUAGUAAAUCCACUGACCUGUGGGACUAACACUUGUUUCCAAGUUACUUCAAAGUUUGAGACCAACUCUAAAAUGAUUUCAGUACGCCAACAAACUGUGGUUCUUGUCGGCGCUCAACGCAAACGUGCACGUUAUUCACAAGAAAUUCAUGUGAGUUUGGAAGUGUCGGCUUCUUUUUUCGCCUAGAAGAUGUCAGAAUUUACAUAAAAACUGCAAAUUGUUUGCAGCGACUACAUCAACCGAAACGUGCGCAACGUGGCCCUCGACGAGAUCUACUCGAUGAACGAGUUCACCCAGUUCGAUCCGUUCCACAAACCGACCCUUUCGCUCAUCGACAAACACCUCCAGACGGUCGUCGACUGCCUCAAAAAGAAGAAAGAGGUGAUCGCGACGGCGCCGGAGGAUCAGAUCGGAGUGCUGAUCGCGAACGCCGAAGUGCCGGCCACCCUGGAGGGCGAUCGAAUGGUCAUGCUGCAGUUGCACCCGUCGCCGAACGAGAUGCUGCCCGACGGAACACAGGCGCAUCUCUUCACGAGGGCCAAGAAACAGGUCGUCGAGUUGUUGCUGGCCGAGGUGCCCGGAACCGAUGUGAAAGAACUCGUCACAUUUGAGAGAUUCACCCUGAAACCAGAGCUCCGCGAGCAGCAGCAGUCGCUCAGGAAGGACCUCGAGCAGUUGGAAAUCGACGGACGGACGGACGGCGCCGACGGAUACCAAUCGAUAGUGACCGAUAUUGCGAACGACAUCCGUCUGCACGAACGCCGUCAGCGAGAGCGCGCCGAGCAGAAGCGCAGCAUUGCGCAGACACGUCGGAAGCUUGUCGAACAGCGUGAAGAGCUGAAAGAGAAACUGGUGAGCUACGAGGAGUACCUGGAGACGUGCCUCCAGAACCUGUCGUUGACUUCGAGACGUCUCUCGUUCCGACCCAACACCAAAGAGGCGGGAAAGAUACAGAAGGAACGGGCUCAAUUGGAUCAGAUCAAGGUGUACAAGAGCACGGCGGACAAACUGCGACGCAAGGACAUUCUGAAGAGUGUCGUCGGGUACGAAACGGCCAAACAGUGGAACAAACUGAGCAUCGAGUGGGCGUCGAACGAGGAACGCGGCGUGUUCACGGUUACGGUCAUCGAGGGCGGAAAGAACGUCGAGAAGUUCACACUGCACUUUCAGGUAACAAAAAUGAGACCGCCUAACGUUUUUCUGGAUCAUUUUAAUACUAGAAAUGUCAAUUUGAGCGAAAGAGCCCGUUUGCCGACAAAUUGUCAUUUAGUGUUUCAGCGUAGAUUUGAUUGGAAAUUAGCUGAUUUUUCAAAGAUUUUGCGAAAGUUAUCGAUAAAUUGUCAAACGAAAUAUCGCCGCUUUUCAGGACCUUCUCAAAUCGGAUUCGGUCGAAGAGGCGACGUUUUUGCUCGGCGACAAAUUGGAGCUUAACGUGCCGAAGACGAUCCAAUACAUUAACAAAAAGUUCUAUAAUAAAUAG